AUGGCUUCUGUAUCUACUAUUCGCAUCGGCUAUGUGCCUGAGCACUACUUGACCCCUCUUCACCUUGCACUGCGCUCCAAGGCCGUCGCAUCUCUUCCUUUCAAGAUUGCUCUUACUCCAUUCCCUUCUGGAACUGGUCAUAUGAUCACAUCGCUGCGCGGCAAUGAGAUUGACAUUGGUAUCGGUUUGACCGAGGGCUGGGUUGCCGGCUUGGCCGGUAAGCAGCAGGCACAAAGCGCCGGAGAUGGUGGAUACAAGGUCAUCGGACACUGGGUCGACAAUCCUCUGCGAUGGGCAAUUGUCACAGGUCGCAACCGCAGCGAGAUCAACGGAGUGUCGGACCUACAGGACUCAAGAGUCGGAGUGAGCCGUCUUGGAAGUGGCUCUCACAUCAUGUCCUUCGUCCUCGCCCAACAGCAAGGAUGGAAAUCUGACUCCUUGACAUCUGUCCCUCUUGGACCCUUCGGUUCCCUGCGGAACGGAGUGACUGGCCUUGACGAGGCCAAGCCGGAGCAAGCACCCAACCCCACGGCCGAAUUCUUCAUGUGGGAGCACUUCACAACAAAGCCCUACUUCCACCCGACAGCGGAGAAGCCCAACCCACCGCUCAAGAACAUCGGCGAGAUCUUUACUCCCUGGCCCUCAUGGAUGAUGGUCUCAUCGACAGCACUUUUCCCCGACCCUGCAAAUGAUGACCGCCUUACACAGCUGUUCCAGGCUCUGGACCUCGGAAUCAAGGAAUUCGAGGCUGAUACCGCUCAGGUGGUCAAGCUUUUGGGUACUGGCGAGCUUGGCUGCACUUAUAUCGAGGAGGAUGCUACGGAGUGGCUGAAAGAUGUCAAGUUCACCGAUAGCACUCGUGGUGUUGACCGCGACGUCAUCAAGGGUGUUGUAGAUGUGCUUAAGGUGGCUGGUGUUAUUGACCCUGCCAUGGACAACGAGGAGGCUAUUCAGCGGGUCAUUGGUAUCCCUCGAUGA